AUGAAGUUCUUAACCUCCUUCGCGCUGAGCGCGACCGCCUCGACCGCCCUCGCCGCGGUCAUUCCCCAACAGGCACCCCUCGGCCCAUCCAUCGUCCAGAACUCCCAGCAGACCAAGUGGUUGAUUGAAUUGGCUCCUUACCAAACACGAUGGGUUACCGAAGAGGAGAAGUGGGCGCUGAAAUUGUUGCCCUUUCAUCGAGAGGGAACUGCAUGUUACUGCCCGAAGCCCUCGCUGACCAAUGCGACCUUCCAGGAUGGCGUCAACUUCAUCGAUGUCACCGAUGAAUUCCAAUCCGGCUCCUACGGUGCCCUCCACUCCACCCGCAUUGUCCGCUACCCCGGUCAAAUGUAUCACGAGCAAGAGAUCGGCCCGCUUGCUGCGGACCUGUCCAAGGCCAAUAUGAAGAAGAAUCUGGAGCACUUUACCUCCUUCCACACCCGCUACUACAAGUCCGACUACGGCAUUCAAUCUGCCGAGUGGCUCUACUCUCAAGUCAACGCCGUCGUCCACGAGUCUGGUGCGACCGAGUACGGCGCGUCGGUCGAGCGCUUCGCUCACCCGUGGGGCCAGUUCAGUAUUAUCGCCCGUAUCCCGGGUCAGACUAACAACACGGUUGUGCUGGGUGCGCACCAGGAUAGCAUUAACCUGUUCUUGCCGUCUAUUCUGGCUGCUCCGGGCGCUGAUGAUGAUGGCAGUGGAACUGUGACUAUUCUUGAGACGCUCCGGACUCUGCUGCAGUCCGAGACCAUUGUCAAGGGUCAGGCAGCGAACACCGUCGAGUUCCAUUGGUAUUCCGCUGAAGAGGGUGGUCUGCUCGGUUCUCAGGCCGUUUACUCCAAGUACAAGAAGGAGCUGCGUGAGGUCAAGGCCAUGCUGCAGCAGGAUAUGACCGGUUACGUGCAAGGCACUCUCGACGCUGGUCAGAAGGAGUCUGUCGGCGUGAUUGUCGAUUACGUCGACCAGGGUCUUACUGCUUUUAUCAAGCAGGUCAUUACCACCUACUGCGACGUCCCCUACGUCGAGACCAAGUGCGGCUACGCCUGCUCCGACCACGCCUCUGCCAGCCGCUUCGGCUAUCCCUCCGCCUUCGUCAUCGAGUCUCAAUUCGAAAACUCGGACAAGAAGAUUCACAGCACCGACGAUCUGAUCAAGUACCUCAGCUUCGAUCACAUGCUGCAGCACGCAAAGAUGAGCCUGGCCUUUGCCUAUGAAUUGGCCUUUGCUCCCUUCUAA